AUGGAUUUGCAUUUGAUGGUCUGGAUUGAUAACUUCACAUCCUUUUACAUGGGAGACAAAUACAGUGAUAUUCAAAUCUUUGAAUAUAUAAGAGGUUGUGAAAUCAAAUAUCCGUCAACCGAAGUAGAAUUUAAAGUCAAGACCGUCUUAAAAAUAUUUACACUUCGAGAGAUUCUCUUUAAUAGAACAAAAUCAAAUCCAGAUUUGAUGCAAAAAUUAAAUCUCAUUAGUUUUUUAUUAUUCAAGACAUUUAUAAAAUAUGAUGCUUCCUUACACAAGUUGCAUUUAAAUAUAAAAUUUAGUUACCCAAACCAACAUAUGAGCGAGUUUUAUGAAUUGAUUUUAAAUAAUCAAAAUUUCUUUUCAAAACUUAAAUAUUUUACGUUAGGAUUAGAAAAAAACAACAUAGUGACCCAGGAAUACCUGGAGCAAUCCAUCCUUUUUCAACAUUUCUUAUCCCACUUACCAAAGAUUUGCACAUCUAUCAAAUAUUUAGAACUUAAUAUCCCAUAUGAUAUUUAUAUUCAACUUUUAAAAGAGAUUAAAAAUUUAUUCAAAUCACAAAAGGAUCUAUUAAAAAUUCAAAGUGUUUAUGGUGGUAAAAAAAAUAAUUUGACAGAAUAUUUACCAUUUUGUUCAAAUACUCUGACAACUAUAAAUUUUUAUACCAUCUUUUUUAGUAAUGAAAUAUCCUUUAAUGGUUUGGAACGUUUAACGCAUAUUAAAUGCCUGGAGUUUCAACAUUGUGUUGAAGAAUUUUUUGAAUCUAUUAUUCAAAACUGCGAAAGGAUUAAAUUUUUUCAUUUAACCGCCAUUGAACAUAGUCAUAUACCACAAUUAUUUCGAUUAAUUACUUUAUUAAAUGAUCAUCUUAAAUAUCUUACUCUCGAAGAUUUUACCAAGGAAGAAUUAAGAUUUGAGGUGUUAACGCAAGAAAUUAAACAAUUUGUAACUAUGAAGGAUUAUAAGGAUUGGGUUAUAAAGCCGUCACUUCUUGAUGGAACUUUGAAUUGA